AAGUAAAAUUUAAUAAUAUUUUAUCAGUAAAGUUAGCAGUGAUGAAUAAUUAAUAGAAAAUUAACUAAAYUUGUCUUGAGGCAAAACACUUUUUAAGUUCCAGAUCAUUUUUCACAUUGAUAAUAUGCAAAUUUGUUGCUUUUUUUGUAAACUUCAUGAAGAUUAGAUAGAAUAGCGUUGGGUKAAUUCUGCAGUUCUACUGGUUCUGGUUCUAUGUGCGUCGCUCCAGUGGAUCCUGUGAAAUCCUGAAGUCCUCCUCUUUACUCCCAGAUCAGAUAAAACCCUCAGUCCAGCAGCAGACAGCAGAGCUGGAGGCGAGACGCGCUGUGAGGUUUAAUGAUGUCAUCCAACCUCCUUCUUUGGGGCGGAGCUGUGGUGUUGUGCUCCAUGGCUUCGCCCAUCCUAUGUUUCUCCCACGGAGCGAGUCUCACUUCCUGUCUGGAGAUGAUUCCUGGACACAUCCGCGCUCAUCCCCAGGACCCGAAGCACAGCUUCAUCACCCUACAAACCUCAUCAUCCKCAUACCUGCCUGGGCAGCUAAUAACAGUGACUGUACGAAGCUCCAGAGACUUCAUGGGUUUCCUGCUCCAGGCCCGCAGUGUUGGUGGGGAAAGGAAUGRKUUUGCAGAAGGUCCUGGUGUCAGGACAGAGAGACUCGGUCCACUUCUGGUGGGUGGGUUCUGGAUCCGAUCUCCACCAGGUACCCACAACUUACGCUGCCUGUUUGAAGGUGACACGGUCACACACUCGGACAAACAGCUAAAGAGGAACCUGUCGUUUGUGUGGAGAGCUCCUGACACGCCAAAGGGAGACAUACGCUUCCAUAUAACUGUGGUUCAAUCCUACUUCGUGUACUGGACUGGUGUUGAGUCUACAGUGGUGCGUGAUCGGAGUCCCAGUGCUUGGAGACGCAGUAAAACCAAAAUGGCGGACGGAGAAAGCACAAUUUUACCUGUGCAAGACACGGUUACUGCCCAGACAGCUAACAGAAAAGCUACUCUUGCCUCUUUCUCUGGACGCCCAUCCAAUAUAAAAAAUGCAACUAAGAUUCUGAAAUUUUUGAAACUACAAACCGAAGAUGMUCACGCAACCUUAGGAACAAACAGCUCUUUGACUUUGACAACUCAAACAGUGGCUGCAAGGAAGACUUUGACUUCAGGAUCUCCUCAAAGUACCACCAAUGAGUCUCCUGGAUUMCUCGCAGGCGUGAYGAAGGGRAUAACAACUGAACCGUUUUCUUACACAACAACUGUCUUUCCUUUACCAUCAUCACCUCCUGAUACUAYAYAUACMGUUACUACAACACAGUUUCCACUGGCUUCAUUUUCCACAUCAAACYCUCGUAACCCCUUACAAACGGACACAUGGACAAAGAGCAACGAUCUCCAGAUAAAAUYACAGGAGCUAAAACUGAAAAACAAUCCUGGAGGAAAACGUUACAARACGUUUACUGCAAUACCAACCCGAGGUCCAACAGUGCAAACCUUUCUCAGUACACAAACCYYUGUAAGCCACACUUUGACAGACCCAAACAAAAACCAAUCAAGAAAGUCUGAGACCUCAAGUAGCUCAGAGAAACAGGGUGGCAAUGUCCCGUCUAAUUCCCAUACGAGGGUAGGGAAGACAGAAGUAACUCCGUCCUCCCAAAGGUCUUCGUUCAACUCUUCCAGGUUUCAAAUGGCUGCAGAUCUUAAAACUGAUKCAAGUCAAACCRCUGUAGGACCCAAAAGUACUCCAAAACAAACCAGUUCACCUAAAAAAACAAUCCCUAACUUUCAUCAAACUCUUCCUCAAACUCAGCCUAUUUCACUCCAAGGAGAAAAUUCCCAAUUUGACUCAUCAACAGAGUCUUUUAGACCUUUUUCCCAACCACUGUCCCAAACAAAGAGAGUGUUAUCCCAACCCACUGUAACUCCUCAACCAGUCACAGUCUCCUCAGGAGGAAAUGAUCCUACGUCUGAAGGAAAUACCAAAACCACGGCMCCGGUUGUUGGUUUUGUCACUUCAAACACUUCGUCUUCUUUUUCAGUGUCUAAUUCCUUAAGCAGAUCUACUGCUAGUCGCCGCAGUGAAAACUUCACAUCAGCAUCUUCCAUUCAUUCCCCUUCUCUCCCAUCUCAGAUCGAACCUACAACCCCAAAUCGUUCAGUACCAGCAUCACCUUCCCCAAUCUCHRUACCUCACCAUUUAACCUCUGCUGAAUACCAGACCACCACUCCGCCAACCUCCUCUUCCUCUCCCACCAUUUCUUCCUUCAGUGCCUCCAACUAUCCAACAAUGCCUUCUUCCCCUACUUCAAUCUCCCCAACUUUCUCUUCUUCUACUCCCUCUUUCUCAGUUACCUCGCCAUCUUUAAGAGUUAGUUCAUCAUCUUUUAUUUCACCCAUCACCUCCCCUAAACCAGAACCAACAUCAGCGUCUCAUAAAACCCCAAACUCUGAGACUCGAUUCACCUCACCGGCACACAGAAAGGUCGUCCAUCCAAACCCCAAACCUUAUCCCAACCUCAGACCAAAUCACGACCAAGAGAUCAACCCAGACAUUCAAAACACGGAUACCAAACCGAAGCAUCCCUCAGAUCCCGCUGACGCUCCGGACAAAGAAGGAAAGUAUCCGGACAUUGUCCCCAGACACAGAGCCUGGGAGCUGGGCAUGCUGCUGGGCUGUUCAGCCGGGUUGGGCAUGGUGCUGGUGGUCGGGCUGCGGUACGUCUACCGGCAGGCCUGCGGCAGGCGGACUGAGGUGACGCUGAACGACCGCGAGCGAGAGUACGGGAGAGGGGAGCAAGGGCUGGUUCACCUCCAGGAGUGCGGCGAUUUGGUCAGAGUUAGAAAAAUCAGAGAGAACAGCUUCGUGCUUCUGGCGGAGUACGACAUUCUGGCAUCGCCUUCAAACUGAGAGACCGAGKUUAAACAUCCGAAAGACGGAUCUGGAAGAGGACUAGGACCACUAAAAACUUUUCUUCACAGAAUUCAGAUUUUAAACUUCUGAGAUCAAAAGUCAUAUUCUGACAAAAAAUGUCCAAAUUUUGAGAUUAAAGUCAGA